AUGAGUAAAGGCGGCAAUGGCACCGUUGUGGGGUUUGCCGUUGUCGUCGCAGCUGGUUUCUUUUCCAUUCCAUUUAUUGCGCACUACACAAAGGGGGCAAACUUGACUGCUCAAAAGGACCCGCUCAACGCAUCACAAAUUCGACGAGGAGCUUACGCGAACAGCGGCUCUCGUGACGCCGGCGCCGAUCCAGACUGGGAUCUUUCGACGGGGACGUACCGAGGCCGGCGAGGACCAAGGGCUACUGGACCUAAGCAUGCGGAAGAAUGA